UUGUCCGAGCAGCAGCGAAGGCAGCAGCGCCGGUUCAUCCCACCUGCGCGCUGCGUUGCAGUGUACACAGACAAGAUGGCGGCCUCUCUGGAAGACGAGUUCGAAGACGCGCCUGAUGUGGAGCCGUUGGAACCGACACUGAAGAACAUCAUCGAACAGAAAUCCCUGAAAUGGAUAUUCGUGGGUGGAAAGGGCGGUGUGGGUAAAACGACCUGCAGUUGCAGUUUGGCCGUCCAGCUGGCUUCUGUCAGGGAGAGUGUCCUCAUCAUCUCCACCGAUCCAGCUCAUAACAUCUCUGAUGCUUUCGACCAGAAGUUCUCAAAGGUGCCAACUAAGGUCAAAGGCUACGAAAACCUCUUUGCAAUGGAGAUUGACCCGAGCCUGGGUGUGGCAGAGCUCCCUGAUGAGUUCUUUGAGGAGGACAACAUGCUCAGCAUGGGUAAGAAGAUGAUGCAGGAGGCCAUGAGCGCCUUCCCUGGCAUCGACGAGGCCAUGAGCUACGCGGAGGUCAUGAGGUUGGUGAAAGGAAUGAACUUCUCCGUGGUGGUCUUUGACACGGCCCCUACUGGUCACACACUGCGGCUGCUCAACUUUCCCACCAUUGUGGAGCGUGGUCUGGGCCGCCUCAUGCAGAUAAAGAACCAGAUCAGCCCUUUCAUCUCCCAGAUGUGUAACAUGCUCGGUCUGGGUGACAUGAACGCAGACCAGCUGGCCUCUAAACUGGAGGAGACCCUGCCAGUCAUCCGCUCCGUCAGUGAGCAGUUCAAAGAUCCUGAACAGACAACCUUCAUCUGUGUGUGUAUCGCUGAGUUCCUCUCUCUGUACGAGACGGAGCGGCUCAUCCAGGAGCUGGCCAAGUGCCGCAUCGACACGCACAACAUCAUCGUCAACCAACUUGUUUUCCCUGAAUCAGACAGGCCGUGCAAAAUGUGUGAAGCCCGUCACAAAAUUCAGUCCAAAUAUUUAGAUCAGAUGGAGGACCUUUAUGAAGAUUUCCACAUAGUCAAGUUACCGCUGCUGCCCCAUGAGGUACGAGGGUCUGACAAGGUCAACACGUUCUCUAAGCAACUUCUGGAACCCUACAAACCCCCAAAUAAGUGAUCUCCCUCCCUGCUGGACCUCCCCUCCCCUCUCCUUCCGGCAGACCACACCUUUACAGUCCGAACUCUCCUCCUCUGAGCUCCUCCCCCCUAACCAGCCUCAAACCCUGCAGUAUCAGCCUCAAGUCGAUCCACUCACUCCUGAGUCCUUCAUCCAAACAGAGCACUGCUACAGCAGGACGCAUGUCCUUGUUGAAGGGGAGCUGAUUAAAUCACAAACACACACAUACGUAACCGUCUAUAUUGUUAGAGAAGUAAGACCGUACAGAUUUGUGCUGCCUUACUCUCAGUUCACCUCCACUUUCCUUCAUAUUCUCUGUGUGGCAGUUUUGCUACUUGAAGCAUUUAACUUUCUCUCUACAAAAAACUUCCCCCCUCCUCCAUCAUGCGCAGUUUUGCGGCCUCAUUUGUGAAAACAAAGUGUUUCCAGUGACGGUGCUGUGUAUUCCAGGAUAAAACAGCUUUCAGAUGGUUGGUGUUAAUGCUUUGUUUAUUCUGUGUGGUUUGGUGGCUGUAUUUAAGCUCCAGUUUGACUUUUGACCAAAAUUUCGUGCGAAUUCAUCUGUCACACAUCUGGAACAUCAAAAUAUCUAAGUUCAGGGUUUGAUGGCAGGCCAAUAAAGAGAGAUAAUUUCCCUUAAAAAUACAAUAUGGCCUGGGGUCUUAGUAAUUGUUGUUAUUGACAAAGACCAUCCUUGUUAUUGCAAUAAAGAAAAUGAGAGCAGUCUGUAGUGUGUAUUUUACCAUUUGUCAAAUCAUUAGAUCUCACAUUACCACAUGAUCUCUGAGUUAAUGCAGUAACCUUAUGUAAAUGGGAUUUUGAACCAAGUCAAGUUGGGAGGCUUAUAUCUGUAUAUGGCUAUGUCAUUGUUUAAACUGGACAGUCUUAAUGGCGUCUGUUAAAUAUUUUAGGCCACUUCGGCUGCUUCAGGUGGCUUUUGUUUGGAGACAACACUAGUUUGAUGAGGUUCAAAGACAAAAUGUGUGAGCGGCUGGAAGAUAGAAUCGUUUCUCACAGAUGAAGUCCCAGUACUUCAUGAGGUUGUAUGAGGUUCAUACAAACACUCGGUCAAACAUUUUGUGUCCACCCUGUUUACAGACCACUAUAUGGGAACACUAUUGAGUUACAUUAGUAGCCUUAUUCUUAGUGCAUUGUUAAUAAAAAUAUAUUGAAUGCCCCGGUGAUUAGAUACUGGAUUCUUGAUUGGCUCGCUGGUACUUCUAACAGGUUGUUAUAUCCUCAAGGUAAUGCAUAAUUACCCUGUUCCUGUCUCUGCUGCUUUUGGGUCAAUAAUCUGUUUUCUAUAGAUUUUCUUUAAAUUAUGUUUUCGAGUGUUAAUUAAAACAAACUUG